ACACAACUCCGAUCUCCACGAUGUCAUCACCCUCGCCUUAGUCAGCGGACCACGUGCCUCUUUCAAAGAUAGUACACAGAGUCUAGCCCUCGGUUUUCCCCCAGAUAGUUUCAAUCUAUAUAUUUCCCGUCAUCAUGGUCUAUUAUAUUCGUUUUCUCAAAACCCCAAGGGUCCAGAAGCAGAAAGCGGGGUCCUUGUCUAUUUCGGCGCUGAUCUGCAUCACCACGGACUUGGGAGAUGCGUUUCUAGCCCAGGACGUGGAUUUAGUCGUAUCAUUGACUCUCAAGGAGUCAGAAAAGGUUCUACAUCAGGAGCCAUUGAGUUGGAAAGCUGGCAAACGGGAACUGGCUAUAUUAUUGGGACCUUUCCAUCCACAGCUUUCCCAGCAUGCCAUUGUUCUUAGUGUCGCUGCAGCUGAUCGUGGAAAGCACCAUCCGCCUUCUCCAGACAAUCUACUAGGAAACCCUGGUGUUCCUCUGGUGAUUUCCGGAUGGAGUGCACCUUUUGGUGGGUCAGAGUCUUUGGUAGCCGAAAAACUCGUCGAAAGACGCUUUGGGCCGAAAGGUCGCCUAGACCUUAGAAUAUGGGAAGAAACCGGAAAUAGCAUUGCCCGUCAUAUCUGGGAUGCAGCCAUUGCAUCGGUGAUGUGUCUCCAGCAGUUAGCUGCCGGAGACUCAGCAAUCACAGUACCACUACUUUCAAAACUACUACAAGCAGAACGCAAUGCUCCUCUUCGUGUCAUCGAAUUAGGAUCAGGAUGCGGCAUUGUCGGGAUAGCAUUAGCGCAAAUACUUCCCCAAUGCUCCGUCCUACUCACAGACCUGCCAGAGGUUGAAGAAAUUGUAGCGAAAAACAUAGCGGUUGCCAAACCAACGCCAUCCUCUAACCUUGAGUAUCGAACGUUGGACUGGGACGAAGUGCUCCCAGAAGACCUUUGUAACGGCUCUAUCGACCUCGUCCUUGUAUCAGACUGUACCUACAAUGCCGACAGCUUACCUGCACUAAUCUCGGUCCUGGACCGUCUCGUUCAGUCGUCACCGGAUGCUAUCGUUCUUGUGGCACUGAAAAGACGACAUGAGAGUGAGACCGUUUUCUUUGACUUGAUGGAGUCAUCAGGACUCUCCAACCUGCAUCAUCAUAGUAUGCAAUUGCCCUCACAACAUGACCAGUCUGACCAGAUUGAACUGUAUUGCUAUGGAAACAAGACAAGACAUCCAAAGUCCAUCGCGACGUGAAAGACCUCCCGGCUCAUUAACAAUUCUCUUGGCGCAAAAUGAUAUGAGAAGUCCUCUUUCGCCCUCGCACUUGCAGAUACGAAAUAACAGUAUGUUUCGUAUCCUGACUCUGCUUUC